AUGGAUAUUAAAACGAAGUUUUCAGGUUGUUGGGAGAGCGUUCUCACUUGUUUUAAGAAACCAAACCCAAGAGGAAUCACCAAAAACACUCCGAAAAAAGAAGAUGACGUCGACUUUGAAAACCCAGUAGCUGUCCAAAAAACUCAGGCGCGCUUGAGGAGUCCCGACGCCGUCGAGAAUCGUUUUGUCGCGCUUUAUGACUACUCUGCGCGCACCGAGGAAGACUUAAGCUUUAACGCAGGUGACAUUUUGGAAGCUCUGAGUAAAAAUGGAGGUGACUGGUGGUACGCCAAAGCGCACACUGGGAUUUCAGCGUCCAAAACGGGCUAUAUACCCGCAAAUUAUGUUGCGGCAUUGGAAAGCAUCGACGCAGAACCGUGGUAUUUUCCGGAGACAAAAAGGCUGGAUGCGGAGAAGAUGCUGUUAACAGGAAAGAAUGAACAUGGAGCUUUCUUAAUCAGGAACUGUGAAAGCCAGAAAGGGGAGCUCUCCCUGUCAGUGUUGGACAAUGGGAGGGUGAAGCAUUAUAAAUUAAGGAAAAACGAACAUGGUCUUUACUAUGUCUCAAUGACCAAAGUUUUUGAAACAUUAAAGAAGUUAGUGAGUCACUAUUCCACCCAAGCUGAUGGACUCUGUGUACGUCUGAGCGAACCAUGCAAAAAGAUUGAGGCUCCACAAACUAAUGGUCUGUCCUAUAACACUGUGGACCAAUGGGAGAUUGACCGCAAUUCUAUUAAGCUGCUCCAUAAACUUGGAGCGGGUCAGUUUGGAGAAGUUUACGAGGGCAUAUGGAAUGACACCACAGCAGUUGCAGUGAAGACCCUUAAACCUGGUACCAUGGAUGCCAACGACUUUCUCAGAGAGGCUCAAAUCAUGAAGCGACUGAGGCAUGCCAAGUUAAUCCAACUUUAUGCCGUCUGCACCAUGGAAGAGCCCUUCUAUAUUAUAACAGAACUGAUGAAGAAUGGCAGCUUGUUGGAAUACCUCCAAAAGGACAAGGGUGACAAACUCCAGCUCUCCGACCAGAUUGAGAUGGGUGCGCAGGUGGCAUCUGGUAUGGCUUUUCUGGAGUUGCAGAACUAUAUUCACAGAGAUCUUGCUGCAAGAAAUGUGCUAGUAGGAGAGAACAACAUCUGCAAGGUGGCAGAUUUUGGUCUUGCCCGGGUCUUUCAGAAUGAAAAUGUGUACGAGGCAAAAGAAGGUACCAAAUUCCCUGUGAAAUGGACCGCUCCCGAGGCCAUCCGAACCAAUAUUUUCACAAUCAAAUCAGAUGUCUGGUCAUUUGGUAUUCUCUUGUAUGAGAUAAUGACAUUCGGCAAAAUGCCAUACCCAGACAUGACAAACUACCAGGUUGUUCAACAAUUACCCCAGGGCUACAGAAUGCCAUGUCCCCAACAGUGCCCCAAAGUCUUGUAUGAAAUCAUGUUGGACUGCUGGAAAGAGAAUGAGCAGGACCGGCCAACAUUCGAGACCUUGCAGUGGAAGUUGGAGGAGUACUUUGAAUUAAACGCCAGCUCCUACGAUGACGCUGCCCAAAGUUUGCCCAAAGUUAGCACACUAAGCAUGUGA